UGUUACGUAGCUUGUCAAAGAGAAGUGGCAGUGGCAGAAGCCAAUAGGAUUACAUCUAGGGCCUAGUGGCUUUCGCAGUGUACAAGGUCGUUACCGACUCAUAGAAGUUGCGAAGAUGUUGUCUGUACGUCUCAUCUAUAACGCUGCCAAGCAAACAGGCACUCCCUGCUGUAGGAUUCUGGCUAGGCCACUCAGUCUAACACCACCGACGCUUUCGUACAAAUAUGUCAAUGCUAGGGAAGAGGCAACUGAUCUGAAGUCGGUGACUGACCGGGCUGCCCAGACCUUGCUGUGGACGGAGCUGUUCAGAGGUUUAGGAAUGACUCUCAGUUACUUGUUCCGGGAGCCAGCUACCAUAAAUUAUCCAUUUGAGAAAGGCCCUCUCAGUCCUCGCUUCCGCGGUGAGCAUGCGUUGCGCAGGUAUCCAUCUGGUGAGGAACGCUGCAUUGCCUGCAAACUCUGUGAAGCAGUCUGUCCUGCUCAGGCAAUCACAAUAGAGGCAGAACCACGAGCUGAUGGAAGCCGUAGGACAACAAGAUAUGACAUUGAUAUGACAAAGUGUAUCUAUUGCGGUUUCUGCCAAGAAGCAUGUCCUGUAGAUGCCAUUGUUGAGGGCCCCAACUUUGAGUUCAGCACAGAAACUCAUGAGGAACUUCUGUACAACAAGGAGAAACUGCUAAACAACGGAGACAAAUGGGAGGCUGAGAUUGGGGCAAACAUCCAGGCUGAUUUUCUUUACCGCUAAAUAAUUGUCAACCAGGAACAUGCAGUGCUGACUUAACUGAACCGUGGAUAUUUUCUGUAAUCCUAAAAUCGCCCAAUCUGAUCACCAUCUGGAGCUUGUGCCAGAGCCCUACAUAAAGAAUGAUGUGUCGUGUGUGUAUAUAUAGUAACCUUGUUUUUUUUUUUCCUGCUGAAUCAUAGUACACACUUAAUACACCAGUAUGUCAGCAUCUACACAUCUCAAAUGUGGGUCUGGUGGUCAUCACUUGCCAACUAAAGAUGCUUGUCUUUUGGUUAUUGGAAUGGGGUUUAUACUUUACGGACGCUUCUACCCCGCUGAGGCAAGUAACGCGUGUAGGUCUUACACAUUAUUUAAUACAUUUGCACUUCAGUUAUCAGCAGUAUGAGAAGGGGAAAUAAUAUUGUUAAUUUUAUUUCUACUGUGUCAAUUUAAGAUACACUAAAUAAAGGAUGUUGUAGUCAAACUUACAGGUCAGAGGGGUUUGAUGAAAUGUUGCUCUGUCGGUUUUAUAUAUCCAAAUAAAGUUCAGUUUGAAUGUAAAA